AUGAGCAAGCCGCUGGUGAUACGCGUCGGUGGGACCAGCGGUGAUCAUGUUUUCUUCAACCGAAAUCAGGAUAAUGGGACUUACUCCAAGUCAGGCCCAGAAAGUAAGAAAAAUAGCAAGGACACCUUUUAUAUCGGGCCUAGCUACUUUGAUACAUUCAAGCGGUUCCAGAAGGCGUCGAUGAGCAUAAAAGCGCCUAUGGGUGCGGAGGUGGACAUGGAAAAUACCGUGGCCUACAUACAGCAAGCCUGGAAGGCACUUGGAAAAAGUCGACUGGCGGCUAUUGCACUUGGAAAUGAGCCAAACUCGUAUCGUAAGAGUGAGGAAACGUUGACAUUAUACGUCAUAGAUGCUCUCGAUGUUGAGAGUCAGAUUAUCAAGAACCUUUCGCUGAUUGGUGAUGAUUCCCACAUCUUUCAAGUGGGAGAAAUUGCCAGUCGGUCUGUGUUGUCCGAUAAAUUUAAUCUGUGA